ACCGGCGGUAUCCUCUCUCGUUCCAGGAGUACCCCUCCUCCGAGCUUUCGGAGGGUCAAAUCGCGGAGGAGGAUCCCGCUCGAGAGGAGGUGGGGAAAAAUCUGAAAAUCUCUAAGUCGCGUCCAGGUGAGGGGGGAGAAAAGCCGCGCGGACCCCGACCUGUCCAAUGGUCCUUGUAUCGCGUUUCCCGGAAGAGGCGUGGGGGGUGGGGCGGGGUGGGGCGCGCGUACGCGGCCAGGAGUUAUGAAUGGGCCGUCUCGGGGGGGUGUCGGCGCGGCAGAGAGGGGUGCGGGCCGGGGUGGGGCCAAAGCGGGGUGCGGGCCACGUGCUUCUCGUCGGCUCUUACAAUCGUAUAUAGGCACCGCUCGGGCGAGCGCCUAGUACCGUACACACAGUCGCUCCGAGCGCACGGGAGACGGACGGAAGAGAGUCCACCUUCCACCUCUCCGUUCCUUCCGCGAGGCGCUCUCGGCCGGCGCGUAACCGGCGCGACGAGGAAAGAGCUAGGCCGUUCACGGCGAGCGGGAGAGAGAGGGAGAGAGCGGGCCGCGGCACCACGCGGGCGCUCGCACCCCGUCCUCAGUCACCUUCUGACACUCGGCCGGGAACGACCUCCGAGGGUCGCAUCGCGCAUCGGGAGGAACCCGCAUCGCGAGGAGGAGACCCGCGACCUCCUCCGCGGCUACCGGCACGAGGGGCACCCUCGCCGCGGGGUAUAUAAGGCCGCUCCGCGGUGUGCCGGGACCAGUGACAAGUGGAUCGGCCACGUGCUCGGACCUCGCCGACGAGGUGGUGCGGUGACCCAGUGACCAGCGACGACCUCGACCCCCGACCGCCGGGAUGGCCGGCCGGAGCGAGGACCCACUCGUGACCAUGGAGGCCAUUCUUGCGCGGGACCAGCGCACCACCGCGCACCACCGCGUCUCCGAAAGGAGGCCCGACCGAUCCGCCGGCCCCGCCCCCGCCCCCGCACCCAGGACCCAGACCUGCGCGCGCAACCGCAGGACCGACUUCGUCGCGGUCACCGGCUGUGAUCCUACCCUCGCGAGACGGAGCCCCGUCUCCGGCAUCAGGGGCAUCGCCGCAUGCAGCAACAGCAACACGUGGCUCAGGCUAGGCAGUCUCCUGGUGACAUUGCUGGUUGUGUCGGUGCGCGGCGCCCCGACGAUGACGCUCGAGGACAGACGACUCAGUUCACCCCCGAAGUGGGUGAACCCCUGCGGCCUUGCCGCCGAGGACUUCGACGGCGACCUGGACGUGGUCCAGCUGAGGGACGAGCAGCUCCUCACGCAGGUCGUCGUCCAGGCGAAGACGGCGCUGAUGCACGCCCAGCUCUUUCGCGACGAUUACAUCAAGCGGACGUUUAACAUUGACUUUGCCGAUCUGCACUCGACGUGGAAGGACAACCACUACGACUGGUUGCCGGGUCCUAAGGAGAUUCCCAAGCAGCUCGGCGAACAGCUGGACAAGGAGUUCCUCGGCAAGUUGGAGCUCGACACGGCGCUGUUGGACGCGUACGAGUACAUGCAGAGGUACGCGGUGGGCCUGGAACAGAUCGUCUGGGACCAGGAGGACCAUCGCCUCGAGUUUCGCAAGCAGUUCAAGGACACCGAGUUCAAGCUGCGAACGUCCUUUCGCCUCUCGUUGCAGGUGCUCUGCGAGCUGCAGGUCGCCCUGGUGGAGCGUGGGGUGACGCCGCGGCCCGACGUGACCCGGGACGCGAUGUCCAGCGAGUACCGGGCGAUGUCGGAGUCCGCGACCUACCGGAACCUGCGAGACUGGCUGAUCUUCCGGGACUACAUGAACGGUCUGGAGUACGUAGUGCAGGUGUUCGAGCACCUGCGCCGAGGCCUGGAGUCCUGAGGGCGGCAAGGCGGAAGCCGGCGCAGGACAACCAGGCGACGACUCGCCCACCUGAGGAAGCCGGAGCCCCGACUGGAGGCCCUCCUAGCCUGAGGAAAAAUAAGCCCCAAGGGCCAUCCCCCAGGAGGCGACCCCCCGGAGACGCGUCCGUCGAGGAGCCGACGCCGUCCGGAAGGGGGGUUGACGGAGGGGGGCCGAGGGCCCACAGAUUCGGGGAGCAGCGCGAGGAAGAGAGUCGUUCGCCGAGGAGCCCCACACCUGCCGCAGGCUUUCGCCGCCCAAUUUCCGCACCUGCGGCCGCGACCACUUCCCGCGGCCCAGGUGCACCCCGGUGCACCCGAUGCACCCGAUGCACCGUCAAGGAGGAGGAGCGAGAUCGACGUGGGAAGUGGACGUUGAGGACACCCUGGAGGACCCGCGUCCAGGACGGGACCCCUGCCUGGAAGAGGACCGAGACCUAGUGGACCGACCCCCACUGGUUGGAACCCACCUGGCCGACGUAUAGUGCAGGCUCCUGGACGCCCGCGGUCCAGGACGCGGCCGGGACGGGAUGCAGCGGGACUCUGAGUGCACCAGGACACAGUGCACCUGACUCAGGAUCGCACGAACACACCCCGGUAUCUUCGGAGCUGCGACGGACGCUCUGCAUGCCGUACUCGGAUUAGUCGUGCUUCGUCGUCCUUUAUCCUAUCGAUAGGACCUUUUAAUUUCCCCCUUUCUCUCUCUCGACUUUCCCACUUUCUCAACAUUUUCCCGACGAGUGCGAGUCGAGAUAAGAAUCCCGGAGGAAGGACGAGCCCAGGGACGAGCGGAAUUGGGGUAGGUCCUUGGUCUCUGAUCAUUUUGAUAUCUUCCCUCGACUUGGAAGACCCGGACCAGGAUUUCGCUCGUCGCUGGAUGGACCUUGAAGACCUCCUUUGAGGUUCCCUCCCAGGAUGUGGCUUCUAAGGACGAGGGACGGGGAGGAUGGCGACGACCCUAGGUCGCGUUGACGAUGAACACCGAACUAUAUCGCACGAUGUUGAUUAGAAUCCGGGAACAGGGAAGAGGAGCGAGUUCUUCGAUGACAGGUGGAGUGGGAUCGAUCGUUCCUUCCAUCGAUCAAUAAUCAGCGAUAUUUCGAUCGAUGGGGGGGGGGAUCCGAGGCCCAUUCCGCACCUCCCAAUGGCCCACUUGGACUUCGAGGUUACUGUCUGGGGAAUGAUCCCGAAUUACCCUCCACCCUCGUCCUAGUUGCACCCCUGGUCACCUCCAGGUCCCCACGUCCCGGAAAGUGCCACGUCCUGGGGAACCGUCUGUACUUUUUAUUUCCCCCCGUCAUUUUAUACGCGAACUAUGGAAAUAGAUAGAGAGAGAACCGGAGGGCGCGUGUAUGUAGGAGCGAGUGAGAGAGUGAAAAUCGGCGAGCUUUCCCGCCGAGAGUUAGAGAAGAGAGACGCAGAAGGCAGAGCCCCUGAAGAGGAGAAGACGUCACGACGCGUUGUCGUACGUGAACGAGAAUUUUUCUCGGGGUACCAGACGACCCCGGUGAACGAGAAUCUAGGUGAAAAUUACGCAGUAUUCGCCCCCCUCCCGCCCCCGAAAUUAUCGGGGGCGAAGGGGGGCUCGAGGGUGCGAGGAGGUACACGCACGUCGCCUGUUUAAGAAACGUACGAGAAUCUUUCGAGAGAUCCCUACCCCCCCCAAUCUCUCUCCUAUAAUGCGAUAUUUAUUAAUUAACUAUAUAAUAUUAUAUUCGUAUUUAUUCAGAUUAUUUAUUUUAUUUUUGUAAAGAUUUUACACACACGCGCGAGCUAUAUUUAAAAGGAAAGGAAAAAUGGAUACGUUGACGCCGUCACUGGGGGGAUUGCCUCCCCCCUCGGGAUGCGACGACGAAAACCCCGCAAAAUCAACCCGAAGAGCUAAUGGCGUCUUCGGGGGAUGCACUUUGCUGCUGCACUUUACCCCGAUAACGUCCCAUGGAUUUUUGACAAUUUUAUUUUUUAAUCAUUUCUUUGGACCUUACAGAGGGACCUCGCGUCGCCUCUUCCCUCGUUCUCGUUCAGCUCACCUAGCAUGAGAACUAGUCAUUUUUAGAAUUUAAAAAUUUUAGAAUUUUAGAACUAGAAUUUUAGAUUUUGGAUUUUUUAAUUUUUAUCCCAAAAUUGGCAGACGCCCCCGCGAUUCACUUCCCUAGGGAUAAAUGAACGAAACUCGGUCGAAUUUACCGGAUUUCAUUUCACCGGUUUGAAUUAAUUUCAUUGAUUCUUAAUCACUGACUACGCGCAUUUUUUAUUACUUACUUUUUAAUUUCAUUUACGUGGGUGUCUGCCGUUGUUAAAUGUCGGAAAAAAAUGGAAAAUGCAGCAGCGAGUGGAUCCCGCUCGCCGAUCGCGAUGUUCCUAUUUAAUAACCGGAUCGACCUAUCCGUCCGCGAGGAUGGACGCCCUCGGCGUUAAUUGUAAAUUGUCAAUUGUCAAUUGUCAUUUGUCACUUCCUGCGAUCGCUCGUUGGCGCGUUUGCAACGACCCAGGGGCUCGAUUCUCGAGUUGAUACGGAUUCUCGUUGGCGUACCAAUAGAUCCGCAUGAAAACGUUUCGCCAUUGUCGCAAGUCGCGUGCAUCGUUCAACAUUUGAAUGUCGCGUAGGAGAAUGGUCAAUUUGAAAAGUUGAUGGGACGAACUCGAGAAUCGGGUCUCGGGACGUCCCGCGAAGAGAGAAGGAAAUGGCGCCUCCACCGUGGCGAGUCGACUGGGCCCUGACCCGUGAGGACACGACGCGGACCACGACACCGGGUGAUCGUUUCACAUCGUCUAAUGAGAUAAUUAACGAAGGGUUAAACGGCUCUUCAGGGCCUUCGGAAAUAUUCGAAGAUCAGUCGACUCGCGGCAGUGCGAGGGCCGGUCCAGUUUCGAGCCUUGGGGUCAAGAGGCGAUUCCCUGUCCCACCUUGCACGACACGCCAUGUCGACGUCACUUAGAGAUGCAUUGUACAUAGACAGAUCCGAUGAUAUAGAAGAUAAAAUAUUAUAUAUGUGGA